AUUAUGAACGCGUUACGUGAAGAAGCGCUGUAGGCGUUUACUGCGCAUGUCAGCUGCGGCCUCGCAUAAACAGCAGCGAUGGCAGCUCAUCUGAAGAAAAGGGUUUAUGAGGAGUUUUCUAAAGUAGUUCAGCAGGUAUCUCUUGAAGAGGUUCCAGCAAAAAAGCUUCGGCUGACCAAACCCAGUAAAUCAGCAGCUCUUCAUGUGGAUCUGUGUAAAGCCAGCAGCCCAACAGACGCCCUACAGCACCUGCUGAGUUUCGCACGCAAGCCCGUGGAGGCGGAGAGCGUGGAGGGAGUACUACGUAUACUGCUGGAACAUUAUUAUAAAGAGUCUGAUAAUUCUGUCCGGUUGAAGAUUGCGUCUCUACUGGGUUCACUGUCGAAGACACAGGGUUUCUCUCCGGACUGCAUAGUGGAUGAUGUUGUAAACACUCUCAGCAAUGAAAAGUCUCAUCAGGUUUUGGCUCAGCUGUUGGAUACUUUGUUGAUCAUUGGCACUCAACUACCAGACAAGACUGCAGUUAUUCAGAGGCUUAUUGAUCUAGCAUGCAAGCAUCUGUCAAGCACAUAUUUUGGGGUGAGGAACAAGUGUUUGCCGCUGUUGGGCUGUCUAGGGACGGUAGAUAAACCUCUCAGUAAAGAGACUGAUCCUGGACCAGCAGGACAGAUGUCAUCCGUACGGGACGUGCAGUGUGUCAUCAGUGACUUCUUCCAGGACCAAGACCCUCGUGUCCGCACCGCUGCCAUUAAAGCCAUGCUGCAGCUACAUGAAAGAGGAAUGAAAAUUCAACAGAAUAUUUAUAACCAGGCCUGUAAGCUCUUGAGUGAUGAUUAUGAACAGGUUCGCUCAGCGGCUGUACAGAUGGUUUGGGUCUUGAGUCAGCUUUACCCUGAAAGCAUUGUUCCCAUUCCCUCAUCCAAUGAGGAGAUCCGACUGGUGGACGACUCAUUUGGGAAGAUCUGUCACAUGGUCAGCGAUGGAUCAUGGGUAGUCAGGGUGCAAGCUGCUAAGCUGCUGGGCUCUAUGCUUCAAGUCAGUCCUCAUUUCCUGGAGCAGACCUUGGACAAGAAACUGAUGUCAGAUCUAAGGAGAAAGCGCACCGCUCACGAGCGAGCUAAAGAACUGUACGCGUCUGGAGAGUUCUCAUCUGGACGACGUUGGGCCGAUGACGCUCCCAAAGAGAAAGUGGAUACUUCAGGUGUGAAUCUCAUUGACUCUGGAGCCUGUGGAGCGUUCGUUCACGGGCUGGAGGAUGAAAUGUAUGAGGUGCGUAUCGCUGCAGUAGAAGCUCUCUGUUCGCUCGCUCAGUCGUCGACCAGCUUCGCAGAAAAGUGUCUGGACUUCCUGGUAGACAUGUUUAAUGAUGAAAUCGAGGAGGUGCGACUGCAGUCUAUCCAUGUGUUGCGGCAGAUCUCCACACACAUCACCCUCAGAGAAGACCAGCUGGACACUGUGCUCGCAGUACUGGAGGACUCAUCGCGGGACAUCCGUGAGGCUCUGCAUGAGUUGCUUUGCUACACUAACGUCUCCACUAAAGAGUGCAUCCAGCUGGCCCUGCUGGAGCUCCUGAAGAACCUCAGCAAAUACCCGACUGACCGCAACUCGGUCUGGAAGUGUUUGAAGUUCCUCGGUUCCCGACACCCGACUCUUGUGUUGCCGAUUGUCCCAGAGCUUCUGAGCACUCAUCCAUAUUUUGACACCCCAGAACCAGACAUGGACGACCCUGCCUAUAUUGCUGUAUUAGUGCUGGUGUUCAACGCUGCCAAAUCCUGUCCCACAAUGCCAGCGUUGUUCUCAGAUCACACGUUUCGCCACUACGCCUACCUGCGUGACAGCCUGUCCCACCUGGUGCCACAUCUCCGGCUGCCGGGCAGGAAGCAGAUUGCUGGUUUGGAGACAUCAGGUGUGGCUUCGGGCAGUCUGGAGUCUGCACAGAAGUUUCUGCAGGACAGUAUCAUCCGCGUCAGCGCUCUUCAGAACCUGGAGUCUCCUGGAGCUCAGGAUCUGCUGGAGUUCACGAUCAGAGAUCUGCAGCGGCUGGGUGGGCUGCAGACAGAGUUGGCUGGAUCUGCAGAUUUCUGUGCCACGUACCUGCGCUGCCAAUUGCUGCUUACCAAGGCUCUCCAAGAGAAGUUAUGGACCAUGGCUGUUCCUCUGUGUCUUAAACAGAAUGCCAAAGUAUCGACGGCUGCACGACAGAUCCUGGAUGAGACGUACAAACUAGAGUUUUUGUACAGCGGACUGGAGACGCAACAGAUCGCCACUAUCCACAACGUUCGUCUGCAGGCGAAAGCGUUACAGCUCAUCCUUACGGCCCGAUCCAAACGAGGAAUUGAUCGUGUUCUUGGUGUUUGCGAGAAAUUCUUACAAGAUGUGGAGUCGUUUCAGAGGCUGUUCGUGACAGAAUUACCACAUUUCCAGGACAGUUUUGUAGAAAAACUCUUGGAGUUGAUGCCCAGGCUGGUGGCCUGUAAACCCACUGAUCUUGUUAAAAUUCUUCAGACCACACUGCGACAAAGCAGAUUCAUUCAUCUCAAACUACCCGAGCAGAUUCACAGGGCAUCGGCGACAAUUAUAGAGCCGACAGGAGAAUCAGACAAUCCUUUAAGAUUCACUUCUGGUCUGGUGGUGGCAUUAGAUAUCGAUGCUACUCUUGAACAUGUGCAGGAUCCACAGACAACAGUCAAAGUGCAGGUGCUCUAUCCAGAUGGACAGUCGCAUAUAAUUCAUCCCAAACCUGGAGAUUUCAGAACCCCGGGACCUGGACGCGUACGGCUCGUCACACAGGUUUAUCUUUCGCAUUCAGCCUGGACAGACCCAUGUCAGAUCGAGGUACGGUUGCUUCUGGCCUACAGCUCCAGCAGCAGUAAACUAUCUUCUCCUAAACCUGCGUGGAACGACAGCGUGGAUGGACUCCCCGUCACCGAGAGCUCCAUCGAGGGCACAAUCCACCUCAGCAAAACUGUCAAAGUCUUCAUCAUGCCAAAACCAGCUCGCCGCUAACCUCUGUACAGUUGUUGUUGUUUGCUUAAAAAAUGCUUUUUAUCUAAAAUAAAUAGUUUUUGUUAACUUUG